UCUCUCCCCGCACGCGCCGCUUUCCCGGACCCCGCGCAAGCGCGCGCCUCAGCCCUGCUGCGAAAGGGCGGGGGUGGAGAGCCUCCAGCCGCCGGGAAAUACCCUGAAUAACCCGAGGCUGGCAGGGACUGUGGCCGCAGGGGUGGGGGAAGGAAGGCUAGUGCCAGUGGAGAGGUCCCGAAAAAUCCAAGAAAAGCGGGGGGUGAGUACCUGGAGAUGGAGAGAAGAGUAAGUAAAAGAAUCUAACAUUUUCUGAAGGCAAAUUAUGCCUCAGGCACCUGUGCUAGGCACCCUCAUAACCCUGUGAAUUCGACAUUUUUACCUUACUCCACUUCGCAGAUGAAAAACCUGAGGCUCAAAGAGGCAACUGAGAUCCAGAAAAGUCAAGGUCGGCCAGGAAGCUGGAUGCAGAGGCAGGAGGGGUGCAGUGGAAGCCAAGGCCUGUUGGAGGGUAUGUUAGGAAGAGUUUGGAGAAGAGUUUGUAUCUUCUCCCUCUAUACUGUUGUCACACAGCAGCUCCCAGCUUGGAAAGUAUGUGUUGGAAGGGGAGGUGUGUGGGAAGAUGUCUCAUAAGGUCUCUCUCCUUUUGCCCUCCCCAGGUCUCCUGGGGCCCCUACUCGGGGGAGGAUGAGGAGGCAUACUCCGUCGAGCCGUUGCCAGAGCUCUGCUACAAGGCGGAUGUCCAGGCCUUCAGUAGGGCCUUCCAACCCAGUGUCUCCCUGGUGGUGGCUGCACUGGGUCUGGCUGGCAAUGGCCUGGUCCUGGCCACCCACCUGGCAGCCCGACGUGCUGUCCGUUCGCCCACUUCUGCCCACCUGCUCCAGCUGGCCCUGGCCGACCUUCUGCUGGCCCUAACCCUGCCCUUUGCCGCAGCCGGGGCUCUGCAGGGCUGGAGUCUGGGAAGUGCCACCUGCCGCGCCAUCUCGGGCCUCUACUCCGCCUCCUUCCACGCCGGCUUCCUCUUCCUGGCCUGUAUCAGCGCCGAUCGCUACGUGGCCAUCGCGCGGGCCCUUCCCGCUGGACCGAGGCCCUCUGCUCGGGGCCGCGCACACGUGGUCUCAGCCAUCGUGUGGCUGCUGUCGCUGCUUCUGGCGCUGCCUGCUCUCCUUUUCAGCCAGGACGGGCAGCGGGAAGGCCAGCGGCGCUGCCGUCUCGUCUUCCCCGAGGGCCUCACGCAGACGGUGAAGGGGGCAAGCGCCAUGGCGCAGGUGGUCCUGGGCUUCGCGCUGCCGCUCGGCGUCAUGGCCGCCUGUUACGCGCUCCUGGGCCGCACGCUGCUGGCCGCCAGGGGGCCCGAGCGCCGGCGUGCGCUGCGCGUCGUUGUGGCCCUGGUGGCGGCCUUCGUGGUGCUGCAGCUGCCCUACAGUCUCGCCCUGCUGCUGGAUACGGCCGACCUACUGGCUGCCCGCGAGCGGAGCUGCCCUGCCAGCAAGCGCAAGGAUCUGGCGCUGCUGGUGACCGGAGGGUUGGCCCUGGCCCGCUGCGGCCUCAACCCCGUGCUCUACGCCUUCUUGGGCCUGCGCUUCCGCCAGGACCUGCGGAGGCUGCUGCGGGGUGGAAGCUGCAGCCCAGGGCCUCACCCCCGCGGCCGCUGCCCCCGCCCGCCCCGCCUCUCUUCCUGUUCGGCUCCCACUGAGACCCACAGUGUCUCCUCCUGGGACUACUAGGGCUGCGAAUCAAGAGGGGGGGGGGAGGGCGGGAUUCCAGGGAGGGUAGUGGGAAAAGGGAGUAGGUGGGGGAACACUGAGAAGGAGGUAGGGAUCUAAAGGAAUUGCUUCUGUACUUUGCCACAUUAAAUUGAUAACAUGGAAAUGAGAUGCAACCCAACAACUGUUACUAUUUUUGAGUCACCGACUUGGAACCGGUGGGUUCCGCCUCCCCCUUCAACUCGCUUGGCUGUGAGUGGAAGGCGCUGAGAGUCUGGGUGGGGGUGCAGAGCUGCUGAGUCUGCUGAAGCUCUAGGCACUGUCACCCCCUCCACCUUCACCUGGUCUCUGCGAACAAGAUGUG